GCAAUGUUACUUGGCAACAAAGACGCCAUACAGGAUGGCAGCUUCUAGGAAAUUUGUUGAUCAAAAAAUCAAGCAAAGGAAAGUGUUAAUGUUCGCCAAAGCAUGGUGUAGCGAAUGUAAACAAGCCAUAAAGAUUCUUAAUGAAUAUAAAAUGCCUCCAGAUACAUUUGAAGUAUUAAAUAUUGACUCCAGACAGGAUUGUUCAAAGAUUGAGGACUACUUUCAAGUUUUAUGCCUUACCGAUAGGCGUAAUGUACCAAGACUUUUCAUAGACGGAAAUCAUAUUGGAGACUUGGAAGUUAUCAGAAGAAUGCAUGAGGACAAUAGGUUAAGAGAGACGUUGAUUGAAUCGGAAGCAAUAAAGUCAUAA